GACAACAUAAUAAAAUAAAAAUGGGAAAUAGUCAAACAGAUAUUUAAGAAAAAAAAUUAUAAAUAAAUAUAAAAAUUUCGAUCCAAAAUUUAAUAUACGUAAUAUAAAUUAGAUACAAAAUUAUUUGUAAAAAUGGCCGAUUCGGAAGACGAGAAGGCUAGUGGUGAUGUGGGGUCAGAACAAAAACUAGCAGAAGUCCCAGAGCCGGAAGCCCCUAAGAUACCUGAUGUGGAACUUAUAGUUGAUGGGUUCGGAUUCAUGCCGAAAUCACCAGUGACUACAUCAAAAAGUCGUUCUGGAAGUGUAUUUUCUAAAUCUUCUCAGAAAGUACAGGAAGAGACAGUUCCAGAAGAAACUCCAAAAAGUCCGUGUAGUUCUAGCAGUAAUAUUGAUAUAGUUCGAAGAUACACAUGGAAGACUAAAAACAGAAUGACAGUGCAGGUAAUAACAUACGGAGCUACGAUAACAUCUGUUCAAGUUCCUGACAGAAAAGGAGUUUCCGAUGACGUUGUGGCUGGUUUUGAGACUUUACAAGAGUAUUUCCAGCCAAGAAACCCAUAUUUUGGAGCUACCAUUGGGCGGUACGCGAAUAUUAUUCGAGAUGGUACUAUAGUGGUCAGACCAUCCGGUAGAAUGUAUAUGCUAUCCACAAACAAGGGUCACGACCACUACAACGGUGGAUAUGUGGGAUUUGAUAAGGUGAAUUGGCGUUCAUAUGUCAACGGGAACAAAGUUAUAAUGAGUCACGUGUCAGACCGCUUCCACGAGGGUUAUCCCGGGACGGUCAUGGCCCAAGUGACCUUCGAGGUGACGUGUGACAACACCAUCAAGAUCGACAUGAGGUGCACCACCAGUGAGCCAACCAUCAUCAAUUUGAGUAAUUCGCCUUACUUCAAUCUCGCGGGUCAUCACGCGGGCUGCGAGACGGUGUACGACCACAUAUUCACCAUCAACGCUGAUAAGUACACGGUAGCCGACGACGACGGGACUGUAACAGGACAAAAGAAGGUUGUCGGUGGCACUGCAUACGACUUCAGAGUGCCACGUGUCCUCAAAGCGAUGAUACCUAAGAUACCUCUAGGGGGAUACAACGUUAACUUCUGCAUCACACAGGGCACAGAGCAGGAUCUGACAUUCCAAGCUAGAGCCUUACACCCCUUGUCUGGACGAGUGCUGGAGGUGUACAGUAACCAGCCAGGCAUGCAGUUCUAUACUGGAAACUCGCUACCAGAUCCCGACAAGAUUGUAGAGGGAACACCUGAAGAAGAAGAGGAAGAAGGUAAAGCCGAGGAUGAAAGCGAGGAGUUGGACAGUGAGGAGUCGAGUGCAAAAGGUGAAGAAGCGGAUGAAGAAGGAAGCGAGGGCAAACCCAGAUAUGGCUACGUACCCCUGAUGGGAAAGUCCGGCGCUUACUACAAGAAGCAUGGGCUCUUCUGUCUUAUGCCUCAGAACUAUCCAGACGCUGUUAACCAUAAAAACUUCCCAAACUCCGUGCUGAAUCCUGGAGAGGUUUACGUUCACAAGAUACAAUAUAAAUUCGGCAUACUCCUAGGAAGAUAUGUGUGAAAAAUUGUGACGUUUAGUAAUAAAAACAAAUGAAAUGUUUACAGACUUUUA